CCUCUCGUCGUCAGACCAGCCCUUCGGCUGCACCUUCCUUCCGCGCUCUGCCCGGCCGCCGAGCCUGCUCAGGAGCCUCCGCAUAUCUGAGCGCGGAGCGCCGGCGUCUCCCUUCCGCCAUGUCGCUGCGGCCGCGCGCCUCGGCCUCGGCGCUUGACGUGGCUUCGCCUGGCAGCGUCAGCUCGCCGGGCGCCUCGUCGAGCAGCAAGCCGAUCCUCUCGCCCCUUCUCUCUCCCUCCAAUCUGCUGCGCGGCGGUGGUGGUAGCGGCAGCAGCAAUGGACCGCAUCUCUCGCCCAGCAGUCCGUCAGGCACUGCCCGCGGCCUCGCCCACUCGCCCUCGCUCGCCAGUCUCGGCUCGGCCGGCCGCGGCCGGCAGGCCAGCGCAGAGUACGGCAGCCCGGGCCCGUGGGAGGAGGAGCGCGAGGAGAGUCUGCGCGAGCUGGCCGUCGUAUUAGGCGCGCUGCGGCAGGUGGAGGCACACAAGCUCGACGGCACACUGCAUCUCCUCUCGCAGCUGCAGCGUCUCGUCCACGAAGGUGACUCGCUGCCGCCGAACCACGCGCGGCCCUCGCCCAAGGACGAGUUCCGCCGCCUGGGCGGCUACCUGACCCUCGUCGGCCUGCUCAGCAGUCUCGAGGGCAGUCGGCAUCCGCCGCAAGCAGAGUCGGAGGAUGCCUCUGCCGAGCUUGCAGUGCUGCAUCUUGAUGAGGGCGAGACGAAGGCAGAUCCGUCGUCGGGCCCGACCGAAGCGCCGGCCGAUGCGUCCAGCGAGGCUCGUGCUGAAGGAUCCAGCGCUGCUGAUGAUGCGGCCCAGCUUCACGAACGGCUGCGCGUCGAGAUCUUCAAGCUCACGCUCUCCGUGCUGCUGGCCACGCUCGUCAGCGUGCCGGCGAACACGGCCCACUUCGAGCGUGCCGUCGGCUGGGACACGUUGCUGGCUAGCCUGCGGCUCAGCACUGUGCUCGAGACCUCACCGCGACAGUUCUAUGGCGCACUGCUCGGCCUGGCGGUGGGCGAUGUUGGCUCGUGGAUCGGCUGGCUGGACCGCGCAAAGCUGGACGAGAGCGGCGAGGCAGCAGCCGAUGAAGAGGCUUUGCUGCGGCGCAUCUCGCAAGCCUGGGGUUCCACACGCGUUGAGGUGCCGAAGGGCCUGAGUCUGGUGGUGAGCUGUCUAGCAGACUGCGGCGAUCGGUGGCUGGACACCGCAGUCUCUUCGAUCCUCGAGCGAAUCGCCCAGAGCAGUCGGCGCAACCAGGUCGCGAUGGCGCAGGCCGGCCUCGGCGACCAGCUGCUCGAGCCUGCCAGCUCUCAGGGCGACUCUGCCGCUACUGCAUGCAAGUGGCGGACAGCGCAGCGCCUCUGCGAGCUCGGCCUGUCGAACGCGACCGCACAGACGAUGCUGCGCCGCCUCAUCAGCAAGUCCGACGUCUCGCUGGCCACCGACUCGCAUCUCGGUCUGCUACUCUCGAUCGCCGCGCCCUCACGCGGGCCGAAGAGCGUGACGUUCGAGAUGGGCACCACCGGGCAUGCCUCGCUGUCCUUCUCCUCUCUGCGGCGGCCCUUCCCGCCCGGUACCAACUCGCGCGGCUUCAGCUUCUUCGCCUCGAUCUACAUCGAGCGCAUCGAGCCGAGUGCCGAGCUUGAGCUGCUGCAGCUCUUCGACGUAUCACGUCAAUGCUCUGUGCGCCUCAGCAUCGAGCCGGGCACCGGACAGGUCAACUACUCUACCGCCGAGGGCGCGCCGCGCACGCACUUCCAGGGCGCUGUGCAGGCCGGCGCAUGGACGCACAUCUGUCUCACGCACGCGCGGCCAAAGGCUCAGGCCCGCUCGUCGCUCGCACAGCUCUUUCUCAACGGGCGCCUCGUCGAUGAGCAGACGGUGCUGUGGCCAAGCAGCGCGAGCGGUAACGUGCGGGCAGUGUUCGGCACGAUGCCGCCUGCGCGCGUCUCGCCGACGACCCCUCAGUCUGCACGCCGCAAGGCAAGCCGGCUCGUCUGGUCGCUCGGUCCAGCGCACCUGCUCGACGCCGUCGUGCCUCCUGACCUGCCCCUCGUGCUCUCGGAGCUCUCGCCACGCUACGCCGGCAACUUGCAGGACUCGCUCGGCCGUUUCCUCACGUACUCGACGAGCACGCACGUGAAUCUGCGGCUGAGCGAGCUCUCGCGCAACGGCACUACUGGCAGCGGGAGCGAGCGAGACCUCUCCUCGCACCCGCUCGUGGCCGCGAUUGCCGGCAGCGCGCGGGAUCUGUUCAACGAGGAGCGCUUCUACUUCGUCGUCUCGGCAGACAAUACGUGGGCGCUGGCACGACAGGCCGUCGCUGCCGAUGCAGCUAUACGCCCCGGACCCCUCGUGGUGCUGAAUCAGGCCAUGCCGCUCACGCGCGAUGCCAUCGCUGCGCCGUCGGGGUACGCGAAGCUGUACGGCGACCCCGUGCUGUGCGUGCCCAAGGGCCUCGACGAGACGAUCUGGCAGCUGGGCGGCGCUGGCGUGCUGCUGGCCCUCGUUGAGCGUGCGAGCGAUGCUGUGGGCCUGGAGCGCGCUCUGGCGCUGCUGUUCAGCGUGACGAAGGACAGCUGGCGGCUGUCGGAGGACCUGGAGCGCAAGAAGGGCUACGAGGUGCUCAGCUUGCUGCUGCAUCGGCAUCAAGAGCGCGGCUUGCUCUCGCGCCGCAUCCUCGACAUGUUCCUCGAGGCCGUCGGCGUGGAGAAUGCGCAGCCAGAGGAGACGGCGCUGUCUAAUCCGUUCCUAUUCCGCCUCUUCCUGCUCGACUUCCAGCUCUGGACGCGCUGCGACGACGACACGCAGCGCGUUCAUCUGCAGCACUUUGGCACGCUGCUGCGGAUCUCGCGGCACCGGCGCUUCAACAUUCGCCGUUCAGGCAAGAUGCAGCUGGCGAGAAAGAUGCUGUACGCUCUGCGCGCCAACGUGUUCAGCGAGGAGACGCUCGAGGAGGCGAUACAGGCCCUGCGCGUGGUUCUCAUAGCCAGCUUCUCGGAGGCCAACAUUCGCGCGCUCACGACGUACCUGGCCUCUCAGCUCUGCCAGGCGGUAGAGGAGGCACGGUCGCCCGCACCGCAGCGCAUGUCGACGCUGGACUCCUCGUCCGCUGGAGCAGUGCGUGCCAGCACGGGAGCCUCCGCCAGCAGCACGCCUCUGCGCGUCUUCGAGAUGCUCACUGAGCUUGUGCUGGAGCGGCCCUCGUACCUGUCCAAGCUGGCGACGUCGGUGAGCAGCAAAUGGCUGCUGCUCUUCUUCCAUCCGCACGCCGAGCGACGCGCCGCCGUGCUCUCGCUGGCCAUUCUGUCGCGUCUGCUGGCCACGCUGCCGCGCUAUGCCGAGCGCCUUAACGCGGCCGGAGGCAUCAAGACGCUCGAGCGUCUCCUGCCGCGCUUCUGGUCGAGUCCAGCCGUGCUGCCCACGUGCUUUGCCAUCCUCUUCGGCAAGGACCUCGAGCCGGGUGCUGGUCUGAGCUCCUUCGAGCCCGCGCCAGCGCUCCAGGUUCGCUGUGCGCCAAUCAUGCGAGUCAUCGUCGCUACCAUGCGCGAAGGCCUGCGCGCCACUGCAUCUCGUGGUGCGCCUUCGCGUACUCGGCCGGGCGCCAAUCGCGGCCGGCCCUCGGACUUCCUUGCCGCGCCGACGCCGAGCGCGAAGGGCAGACAUGGACGCAAGCGCUCUGCCUCGUUCAACAUCGAUUCGAAGGAGCUUGCAGAGUCGUUCAAGACGAGCAGCGAGGAGGCGCUGCUGCGCGAUGCAGUCUCUCUGCUGGAGAAGCACUGUCUGGCGUCGGCAGUAUUCCGCGAGCUGCUCUUCUCGCCCAUCAUACUGCGGCUGCUCGUCUCGACGGUCAGCCCGUACGCCCGUGUUCGCGGGCGUGCGAAGCAAGACGAUGCUGCAUCGGGUGAAGACGAGCUCGACCUCGUAGACACGCUUUGCGAUCGCAUCUUCACUUUACUCGCGCAGCUGGCGCUCGAGUCCAUGCUCGAGACCGGUGGCACUGCUGUACUUGCAGCGCUCGUUGCGGCGGCACCGCCCGCCGACCUCAAGGCGGCCUCGUCGUUCCGGGCGGCUAUGUUCGCGCGCCUGUGCGAAGCAGCUGUGCACAUGCUGGCGCGAAGGCCGGCUAUCCUUCGCAGCGACGCCACCUGCGGCGUCCUGGCCACGCUGGCGGCCAGCGCUUCGGAGGAGGCGCUGCAAGGCUCGCCGCUGCUGCACUCCACCUUCGACCUGAUCACAGCCCUGCUCAACAAGCUGACGAUGCGUGCGCGGCAGCCGCAGGACGCGGUGCACACUGUGAUUCGCUCGCUCCUGGCCUCCCUCAACCAGGUUGUGCUGCUCAGGCUCGCGACUGAGGAGGCCUCGGUCUGUCAGACGCUGCGACAGGUGGCACAGCAGCAGACGAGCGUGUUCGCCUCUGACAACAGCGACGAGACCUUCUUCCGCUGCCUGCUCCAUCAGGCGCUGAAGCACCUCAAGGACAAGGAUCGUCAGACGAGCUUGGAGAGCCGAGAUGUCCUCCGCCUGCUCGUCGUGGCUCGCCCGCCGCUUUUCGACGCGCUGCAGCGUCCGGGCUCGAAUGCUUCCGACCUACUCAAGGGCUCUGAGCCGUCCUACGUCUGCUCGCUUGUCCAAGGCCUUGACUCCGACACUGCGGCCGUGCCCUACGAGCAGGAGUGGGACGGCUUCCUCAAGUCGCUUGAGACUCUCAAGGCCGCUGCUCACCUCGAGCGCAUUGGACACGUCAAGGAGCUGCUGGACCGCUCGGACGCGCGGGAUCACGCCAUAGUGGCCACGGAGCGCCGCAUGGUAGCCUGGCAUGCCAGCCUCCGAAGCGACGACGAGGUGCGGUACAACAAGUAUCGCCUGGACGCACGGGAGCUCUUCGUCUUCGCACAGGCCGAGUGGACGAAGAUGCUGGCGUCGCUGCAGCGCGAGCGCGGCCUGCUGGGCCCAGACGGCCGAGACGGGAGCCGCAUGUGGAAGCUCGAUCCCACGGAGGGUCCGCAGCGCAUGCGCAUCAAGCUGCAAGAGCUGCCGCGCGCCGAAGAGGCUGCUGAGGUUCCGUACAUCAAGGGCGCGGCGCUUCAGCACACGUCAGACGAGAAGGCGCACGGCGAUGAGUGGGGCAGCGGUGAGCAGCUCGUCGACGAGCCGGAAGAGGCGCUGGUGCCGGACAACACUCCGCAUCCCGAGACGCCGGGCCACGGCAAGGAGGCCAGCACGGACCCAACCGAGACCGGUCUACCUGAGGCGGCUAGGGACGAGACUGACGCCGCCGAGCUCGGCGAUGGCGAAGAGAAGUUUCGCCGAGUGCUGCGCUCGCUCGAGCGCGGAGACGUCAUCGUCGAUGUGUACAACACGUCGCGCGUCGUGGGCAUCGAGUGUCGCGCUGCGCUGCUCAUCGUCGGCCGCACAUGUCUGACGCUCAUCGACGACUACGUGCAGCUGCGCUCCGGCGAGCUGUGCGCGGCGUGGGAGGCACCUCGAGAGGAGCGAGAUGCGCUCGUAAUGGCGACCGUCGCCUCUGAGGCGGACGCAGACAGGCCUUCGACGCUCAUCGCAACGCUCGAAGGCGAGGCGCAGACGCGCAAGUGGCCCUGGGCGCAGCUCGUGGCGUGCCAUCGGCGUGCAUUCCUCCAUCGCCGCACCGCCGUCGAGCUCUUCUUCCAGGACGGACAGAGCUGCCUCUUGGUGCUCGACAAGACAGCGACCGUCGAGCGGCUCCUCAAGGAGCUCGGCACGCGCAAUCGCGCAGCUGUCGUCGCCCCGGACUCGCUCCUCGCUGGCAUUCGCCUUGCGGCCCCCGCAGCUCGCGCUCAAGGCGGCGGCAGCCUGUCUUCGCGUCUGGCUGGCGCAGUGCUUGGCCGAUCGCAGCAGCCGGGUGCCUUGACAGCCGCGUGGAUGCGCCGUGAGAUCAGCAACUUCGACUACUUGAUGCAGCUCAACACGCUUGCUGGCCGCACUUACACUGAUCUCUCGGCGUACCCCGUCUUCCCGUGGAUCCUGGCGGACUACACGUCGGCGACGCUCGACCUCUCCAACCCCUCGACGUUCCGCAAGCUCGAGCUGCCGAUGGGUGCGCAGAUGCCCGCACGUCGCCGCCAAUUCGAUGAGCGCUAUGCGCAGCUGCUCGAGCUCGACGAGGUCCCGCGGCACUACGGCACGCACUACAGCACCGCAGCGACCGUAUGCGGAUACCUGAUCCGCGUGCGGCCAUACUCGGCCAUGCUCAUUGCGCUGCAGGGUGGCACCUUCGACUUGGCCGACCGCACGUUCAGCAGCAUCCAGAGAGCCUGGCAGUCAGCCUCUGAGCUCUCCAGCGGCGAUGUGCGCGAGCUCGUGCCCGAGAUGUUCUUCCUGCCCGAGUGUCUCGUGAACACGAACCGCUUCGACUUCGGCCACAAGCAGGACGGCGAGGCUGUCGACGACGUAGAGCUGCCGCCGUGGGCGCACGGCGACGCGCGGCUGUUCAUCCAGAAGCAUCGCGAGGCGCUCGAGUCUGACUACGUCUCCGCCCAUCUCGGCUCCUGGAUCGACCUGAUCUUUGGCUGUCGCUCGCGCGGCGAAGGCGCCGUCGAGUCGACCAAUGUCUUCCAUCCGCUCUCGUACGACGAUGGUGUGGACCUCGAGGCGAUCGAGUCGCCGCACGAGCGUCUUGCGGCGGCCAGCCAGAUCCACAACUUCGGCCAGUGCAUGCCGCAGCUCUUCACGCAGCCGCAUCCUGCGCGUGCACCGCGCAUCGAUGCCUCCGCACUGCCCGGAGGCCAGCUGCCCAGUUUGUCCGAGACGCCGUGGCUGAUGGCGCAGGCAAUCGUGCCAAUCCGCACACUGCGUGGCAGCGUCCACUCCAUCUAUGCGGAGCGGCCGGAGCGCGCGUAUGCCUCGCCGCGCGACUACCUGAUCAUGCCCAAGCUUGGGCUGAGCAUCAGCUCCGGCCAUCUGGAUGGCAGCGUGCGCAUCUUUGGCUCGCACGACGCGGGCCGUGCUGCCGGCGUCACCGAGCAGAUGACCGCCGCGCGCAUCACCUGCAUGCAGCAGGCCGGUCCCGACUCCAUCGUCGUCGGCAGCAGCGACGGGCUGCUUGGCCUCUGGAAGGUCAACGCCAGCAAAGCCGAGCUGAGUCUCUCGAGCACGCUGCGCGCACACUCGGCCUCUGUGCUUUGUGUCGUUGCAUCGAUGAGCUACAGCAUCGUCGUUAGCGGCUCGGAGGACUGCACCGCUGCGGUGUGGGACCUCAACCGCGGCGAGUACGUUCGCUCUCUACGCGGGCACGCCAGCGCCGUGCAGCAGGUGGCCGUCGACGGAGGCAGUGGCCUUAUUGCCACAGCCGCUGGGCCCGAGGUGCGGCUGUGGAGCAUCAACGGCGACCUGCUCUCGCGCAUCUCCACCAACGCGAGCCUCUCCGAGCCCGUCGCCAGCCUAGCCUUUUUCGCGCGCGAGUGGCACGAGGGCAAGCUGGCACUGCUCCUGACGGGCCAUCGACGCAAGGUCAUUGCCUGGGCCUGCACUCCGCGCUCGUCUGACGAGCAGAGCCGGCUGCUCUGGCGACUCGAGCCGCACCACGUGUUCGAGCACCACGACCGCGUGGGUCCGGCAACGACGCCGCUCAUCACGGCCAUCCACACGAGCGCCACGCAGCUCUUCACCGGCGACGAGCUGGGCCGCCUCUAUGUCUGGUCCUUCCCUGGCGACGCGAUUCCUGUGCCCGACUCUUACUCGGGCUCGUGCAUGGGUCCGUGCGCCAAGCGCUUCGGUGUGCUCGAAGCCAAGCGCACCUGCGUGAGCUGCGGCGGCCUCUUCUGCUCGGCCUGUGCGCAGCCCCAGGCCGUCUACGGCGGCGCCCGCUUCUGCCAAUCCUGUUCCUCUGUUCUUGCCCUCCUCCCCACACAUCGUCCGUAGAUCCUCCAUCAUCUGUACCACCAGCCAUCCCACGUCGUCACGCGCAUCCUCGCCAAUACAGGCCCCUUCACACAGCCG